CUGUGGGAUUCUGUGAGAGUAGGGAGUAGCAAGAUGGCGGCCAGUGACUUCAGUUUUUCAGCAAAAUCAGGACUCUAGUGUAUAAUAUUGCUCAGUGCAUAUACCCAGUCCUGAUGUGGCAGGUCCCCUUUUUUUAAGGUUCAGGCAUAAAUGCAGUUUAAUAAAGUGAAUGAAAGUAUAUAAAUUGAAUUAUAUACGUGUGUCCUAAUAAGGGUAGAAAUACUAACCUGUAUUUCCUCUCAACAUAUUGUAAAAGAUAUGUUGCAUAUUUUACAGUUUCUUUUAUCGUUUUGUUCCUAAAAUGCCAAAACAUUUGAGUCUGAAAGGCAGGAAUAUUUUCCAAUAUAAAAAAACAAAUGUUUAAUUUUAAUAACUCUGUUAUAAUCCAGAUUGUAAUUCCAGUUCUGUUUUUCUCUCUGAGGUUUGGAAUCAGAAAAUGUUUCUUCUGGAGCAGCAUCUCCAUGAUUAAAGGAUGUUUACUCUUUUUAUAAAACCAUAUUAUUUUUAUGUCUAAUGUUUUAUAAUUUAAUGCAGAUCUUUCUUCUCUUGUUUAUCCACCGUUUAGCUUUGAGGAGCUUCCUGUCUGCUGUAUUCUGCUUCUGUUCCUCCUGAAUAACAUUCCUGUUUUUCAACAGAACAUCCCAGAGUUCCUGAAAACCCACCUAAUGGCUUUUAGUUGAUGCUUUAAAAAUACAUUAACAUCAUUUAUUUUAUUUGGUGGUAAUAAUCUGAAACAUCAUUCCAAAAUUCCAUUUAAAGCGGCUAUUUUAAUAAUAAAAAAAAAAAAAUAACAGUAUCUGCAGUUUUACCACAGCAGAAAAGUAAAAAUAAUCGGUUCCUCAGCAGGUUUUAAAAUGAAGUAACUGGGUUAUUUGUAAAGAACCAUCAAAUGCUUCACAAGUAUAGAAAAUUACCUUUAAGAACGAGAAAUAUAUUAAAGGCAAGGCAAAUUUAUAUAGCAUAGAUGAUAAUGAUAAUACAUUAUUAAAAUAUAGGAAAAUAAAACAAUGUAAGCAAGUAUUUUGGAUAAGCUGCUCUACUGAAAAUAAAAGUAUCCUGUUUUUACAGAGAAAUUAACUCUGUUGGUGUGUUUGGAGGAUGGUGGGUGGAUUUAGUAACAGACCUUAUGUAAAAAUGUAGCUUUAGGUCAUAACUGGUCUUUGACCUCACUGAUCCUCAUCUGACCUUGUUAACGUUGUUGGGAUGAAAAAGGAUGACUUCUGACUUUUCUGCAUUAAUUUAGAGGUUCUGAUAGUGAUACUAUAAGCACAUUGAUUCUAACGGACGUAGCAGCAACAGAUAUAAAGUUUUCUUUUUCCAGCUGCUGUAUGUUUAGCAAGAUGGUUGCAGUAAUCCAUAACUUAAGCUAGGGGGCGCAUGUUUGUGUAGAAUAAAAGUGACCCAAGAAUGAAGCCUUGAGGGACUUUGGACUCUGAUCUUUGGAGGCGUUUAUGAGAUUAAUAACUUGUUUAUUUAGGUUUCUCUAUCCAGACUGCACCAUCGUUCCUCACUGAGAGCUCCACAAACCCAUCACUGCACACUGCUGCCGGGAUGUAAACACUACAAACAAAACACAGAGAAAAACCAUCCAAAGGCUUUGAAAUCAGAAGCAGAGAGUCGGUGAUGAAGCUUCUGAUGUUUCACUUCCUGUUGCGCCGCUUCAGUCAACGUUCCGAGAGCAAAGCUGGAGGAUCGUCUCCUCGUUCUGCACCAAGAUGAAGCUGAUUCAGCUCCUCUUCAUCCUCCAGCUGAGCUCGCUCUGUCCAGCUCUACUGCUCCCUUCCACUCCAGCAGCAGAGAGAAAUGCAACAAAGAAAGCUGAAGACCUGAGCACGGACCCGUAUGUUCAUCACCUCGGAGCUAAAUGCAUGUGGACCCUCAGGAUACCUGGAAACAAUAGUGGGGAGGUGGUUCCACUCCCACAGGGGUUUAUGGACACUCUGGCUGCACGGAUCUGCCGGGAUCUGAACUGUGGAACGGUUCACACUGUGAAGAAAACCACAACGCCUCCCAACGGCAGCUGCUUCCAGGGCUGCUUGUUCCACGACCUGCGUCUGCAGAACUGCACAAAGACUGCCGACUCAGCAUGCUCCGUGGCCACCAAAGUGGUUUGUGGUCACCAGUCCCUUCGGCUGGCGGGACACGGGGACCGCUGUGCCGGGCGGGUGGAGGUGUGGAAGGACGGGAAGUGGGGGACGGUGUGUGACGACCGCUGGGACCUGAGGGAGGGCGACGUGGUUUGUGAGCAGCUCCGCUGUGGGAAGGCUCUCAGGGUGACGGGUCAGGACGGGUUGUUUGCGGCGGGGAGAGGACCGGUUCACCUGGACGAGCUGAACUGCACCGGGAACGAGGAGAACCUGUGGGCCUGUGGGGGGGUGCAGGAAGAGUCUGACUGCGGACACAAAGAGGACGCCGGGGUGGUGUGCUCAGGAUCUGUGGCGUUUCCUGCAGAAACCACAGCAGCCGUGACUUUGCAGGAGACCACAGCUCUAAUGACCACCAGUUCUCCUGCUGAGGGUCCAUCUCCAGAACUUCUCACCAUCAUGGUUCUGUCUCUGGCGCUGAUCGUGCUUUUCAUCCUGAACAUCGUCCUCUGCUGCCUCUACAGACAACGGCACGUGUCUUUGCUGCAGCAGACUCGCUGCAGUGAGAGAUCUUCCACGGAUCAGUCUCAGAACCACUACAAGGAGAACCUACACCUGGUUUCUGUUAACGCCAGGCCGGCAGACGUCGCCUCCAACUCCAGGAUUCUUUGGACCCAGAUUAGUAGCGUUGACAGCGCGUCAGUAGAUUCAGACUAUGAGCAGUAUGACCCGAGCAAUCAGCCGUCUGUCGGUUUAUCAACCUUCCGCAAUUCUCAGAGAUACCGAACAGACCUGAAUGCAGCAGUGGAGCCUUCGGCGCUCAGCCGCCUCGCUGAGGAAGAUUUCGGACCUCCAAACGAAGACAUGGCAGCGUUUCCAGACUACAAGGAAGGAGCCGCGGGUCUCCAGUACAGCAGAGUGUCAAAGAUCUCCGAGGACUCGUUUGAAACCUCCAGCACCUCCUCUGGUGAAUGCUACCAGAACGUGAACCCCAGUUCUGACCCGGAACAUCCAGAACCGUCAGAACCGGGCCAGAACUGGGCUUCUUCAAGCCCUCCGCUCUACACCAACACUGGUUUGGAGCUCGGACCCGAAGGAACGGCGCAGAGUUCAGAUGAUGAUGACUACUGUCCUGUGAGCCCAGACUGAAGACCUUCCUCUGAUGAAGAUGACGGUCUGUGAAGGAGAGGCUGCGGCUCACACCAGAGGUCCGGAUCUGCUCUCAUUCACUCUACAGCUGGUCAAACUAUUCACCACAGGCCUAAAGUUUAGAUUAUUUCUUUUAUCACAUUGCAAAAACAGUUUUAUUUAAGUAUUUUAAUUUUUACCUGAUCUACAAUAAACCAAACACCCAAUAUUUCCUUAAAAUAAGCAAAUUAGUCAGAGUCUGUCGAAAAGAGACUGUAGAUGUGAAACAUAAAAGAGGUUUUUAGGUUUUUCUGGUUUGGAAAAAAAAAGAAGAGAAAUGAGCCGAAACCAGGAAGCUCCACCUUAGACUCUACCGGCCUCAGGUCAAAGGUCAUGAUCCUGAACCAGUCUGGCUGCUUGGAAGGCUGAAGGAGAAAGAACCAAGAUGGCCGCCUUCACCUGUCGGGCACGGUGGUGGCAGGAUGAUGCUUUGGCUCUGUUCAGUGUUUUAGGAUUUUUCAGGUUAAAUUGCCAUCAUUUUAGAAUCGGGUUCAGAACCUCUUGUUGUAUUUCUAUUAAAACGGUUUAGUAUGCGUAUUAAUGAGGCGCCCCUGCGGCGCGGUCCGACUGGACCUUUCCUCAGACGUUAAUCCCGGGUCUGACGUUAAUCUGCCGUAACAGCAGGAAAGACGGCAGCAGCUAGAAGGAAAACGCCGCGGUUCUCUGAAGCUUCAGCAGAAGCCGUCAGCUGCCUGUGAAUGUAGACGUUUCUGUCAUUUAGUGCUUUUCGUUUAACGUUUGGCUGCAAAGCUGAUCGUUAGGAUAACUUGAAUUUAUUCCUGUGAUGUGCUGCAGAUCUGCAAUCAAACUAAAGAGCUCCAGCUUUGGCUCCCUAACUGUGAUUAUCCCUCCGUGGUGAAAACAUGAGAACACAUUAAAAUAUUAUUUUUCAGUAA